AUGGCAGCAUGCUCCGCCUCUCUGACUCCAACUUUGACGAUAUGCUCUCAGCAUACUUUCACCUUCGACCUCAGCUCUUCUACCGACUUGGCACACGAAACGACGCCUGCUCGUAAGGCCCCGACCAUGAUACAGCUCUUAGAGUUGCCCGUAGAGAUCUUGGCUAUUAUCCUCGACGAACUGGAUGUAGAGGAGAAUAUCUCCCUUUCGGAAACUUGUAAAGCUCUGAAUGGCUUGGUGAAGGGAUACGGCUGGCGAGGCCACCUUGAUCGCCGACCCCGCCAAGCUGGAGGAACGGCACGCGCCAUGGCUUCGUGGAGUGCGCUUGCCCAGGUUCAAUACCAUGCUCGAACCGAUCAGGCUUGGGCGCGACGCUCUCCGCGUGCCUUUCCCCUUGCACGCCCUUGGCGAGGCAAGCUGCAGCCUGUGGUCGCCAGCAGUCCAUCCCGGCUUGUGGUUGCCGCAGGUCACCAUCUGUACUCGUACUCCUUCGCGCCUCAAGCCGCUGAAGGUCACGCGCCUCAUGUGCGCCCCGAGUUUAUCUGUGCAUUAGGCGCAGUGGAUGGAGACGCGACAGCUCUCGCGUUUAGUCUCCAGAUGCAGACCAUGCACGGAAGACAGUCGUUCCGAUGCAUGGUCUGCCUCAAAUUUGGAGACCUUGGCUUCGAGCGUCAUGCUCAUCACGCAAGGAAGCCUGUGGCGAACCGAACGUGA